GCAGCAUGUCCAGCACCCCAGUCAGGUCACCCACCCUCCAGGGCCAAAAGAUGAGGAAGGACGAAUCAUUCCUGGGGAAACUGGGAGGGACCCUGGUCAGGAAGAAGAAAGCCAAAGAGGUUGGCUGAUUAGCGGUUUUACACUGCUAAUAUCAUGGAUUUGUAUCAGCAGCGCCCUCUGCUGUUCUAUCUGGGAAUUUCAAUAAAGGCAACAAUGACAACUCUAAAUCAGGAUACAGCUUUGUGCUCCCGGUGGCUCAGAUCUGGCCGCUCUGGGGAUCUUAUUUAGCUUUGUUGUUGGUUGCGGACGCUCAGUCUCAUCAUUCGCUGCUGGAGACGUCGCCGGCGUCUUAUUCUGCUUUACCAAAAUCUGCUGAUCUGAUUGGCCGGGCUCUCUGGGAUGUGAGAGACCAAUAAAUCCAGUGCAAAUGUUCAGACGCUGGUGAUAGAAUUUCAGCCUUUCCUCCCCCCUCGUCCCAUCGUCCCUCAGUCAGAAAUAACCUGAGCUCUGAGUCACUUGCCCCCAGUUGCAGAGAGAGAAAGUCGCGCAGGAUCAUGUCGGGGCUGCUGUGCAGGAGACGCAGGAAAGAAGCUGCAGUGACCGAUCUCCAGGAAGAGGGUAAAAAUGCCAUCAAUGCACCCAUGUCACCCACCCCUAUCGAUCUGCACCCAGAAGACACCUUGCUGGAGGAGAAUGAGGAACGAACCAUGAUCGACCCCAAUUCCAAGGAAGAAACCAAAUUUAAGGAGCUUGUGAAGGUCCUUAUUGACUGGAUUAAUGAGGUUCUGGUGGAGGAGAGAAUUAUUGUGAAGAAUUUAGAAGAGGAUCUUUAUGAUGGGCAGGUGCUGCAGAAACUACUAGAGACGUUGGGGAGUCGGAAGCUGAAUGUUGCGGAGGUCACACAGUCAGAGAUUGGGCAGAAGCAGAAGCUGCAGACUGUACUGGAAGCUGUACAGGAGCUGCUGAGACCUCAGGGGUGGGCCAUAAGGUGGAACGUUGACUCCGUCCACGGGAAAAACCUCGUCGCAAUUCUGCACCUGUUGGUGGCGCUAGCGAUGCAUUUCCGGGCUCCCAUCCGCCUCCCUGAGCACGUGUGUGUACAAGUGGUAGUAGUGAAGAAACGCGAGGGGCUGUUACAGACGGCACAUGUGACCGAGGAGCUGACGACCACCACCGAGAUGAUGAUGGGCAAAUUCGAACGCGAUGCAUUUGACACUCUAUUUGACCACGCCCCUGACAAACUGAGUGUUGUUAAGAAGUCCUUGAUCACGUUUGUGAAUAAACAUCUGAACAAGUUGAAUCUGGAAGUGACGGAGUUGGAGACUCAGUUUGCAGACGGCGUUUAUCUGGUGUUGCUCAUGGGGCUCCUCGAAGGCUAUUUUGUUCCUCUCCAUAAUUUCUACCUGACCCCGGAAGGCUUUGAACAAAAGGUUCACAAUGUCGCCUUCUCCUUUGAGCUGAUGCAGGACGGGGGGCUGAAGAAGCCAAAAGCCAGACCUGAAGAUAUUGUCAACCUUGACCUAAAGUCGACGCUGCGAGUGUUAUACAAUCUGUUUACAAAGUACAAGCACCUCGACUGAGCGCAUUUAUAUUCUUCCUCUGUUCUGCCUUAUGUGGCGGAAUGCACUGCUCCCCCAAUUCCUCCGACCCCCCGAUACUCUCUGUGCGGCUGUUGGAGCCAAAGAUCCAGGAACCCCCAUUGAGCUUAAUGUUCCUUUAUGUUGUGAUAUUUAUAGUUUCUGUGUCUGGGUUUUAUUCAGGAAUAAGAUAAAUGGAAGAGACUUUCCCAUUGCAAUGUUCAACUCACUAUUGUAUCUAUUGCAGAGGUCCGUGGGAGUUGUAGUUUAGCAGCCAUGAAGUGACACAGGAAAUGAUAAUGUCCCUUUAAAAUAACAUCAAAACAAAUGGGAAGAAGAAAAGACUUUGUUUUAUUAAACUGGACCAAUGAAAAUGCAGCGCAAAGAGUUUGUGUUUCCUCCCUUGGCCGCUCAGUCUGACGUCUGCUUCCAGAACAAGACGCUGCGCUUUCCCUUUAACUGGAAAUAUUGUCAUAAAAUUAUAUUGAUUUAACGUGUCUUUAAAUUUCCCUUUGUCUCCAUUGUUCUACCCCUUUGUUCUUCAAUCAUAUAAAGUAUUAUCAUUGUGAUGU